GUAUCUUCCUAAUCUCUCUACAGCUCUACAUUAUGGCUCUUGUUCCCAAGUUUGCAUCUUUCUCUUCUUCUCUGUGCAGUUCACCUCAUUCCAGAAACGCCCACGCGUCGAACCUACCACCCAAUUGUUCAUUUAACUGCAAUCUCUCUACUUCGCCUUUCACUGAGAAGCAUUCCAUCGAGAAGUACCAAAGGGACCUAUGGAUUUACGAGAACCAAUUGGGGCAAACUCUGUCCUGCCCUCUCCCAUCCUCUUCGGGAUCCAUCAGGGAGGACGAGAUUGCCCUGCAGCUCCCGGAGCUGAACAAGUUGCUUCAGGUGCUUAGAGAGAAGAGGGAAAGUGAAGGGAAGUGCGGCGGCGGAGGUGACGGUUCUCCCAAGGGGAAUGUGUUCUUGGUCGGAACUGGGCCGGGGGAUCCUGAGCUCUUGACGUUGAAGGCGGUUAGGAUUAUAAAGAAUGCUGAUUUGUUGUUGUAUGAUAGAUUGGUGUCGAAUGAUGUGUUGGAUUUGGUUGGUCCUGAUGCUAAGCUUCUCUAUGUGGGUAAAACUGCGGGGUACCACAGCAGAACCCAGGAGGAAAUACAUGAGCUUCUUCUGAGUUUUGCAGAAGCUGGAGCUACUGUUGUGAGACUUAAAGGAGGUGAUCCAUUGGUGUUUGGGAGAGGUGGGGAAGAAAUGGAUUUUCUGCAACAGCAAGGUAUUCAUGUAAAAGUUAUUCCAGGUAUAACUGCAGCAUCGGGGAUUGCAGCAGAGCUGGGGAUUCCAUUGACUCACCGUGGCAUUUCAAUGAGCGUGAGGUUUCUCACAGGACAUUCAAGGAAAGGUGGAACAGAUCCUCUAUUUGUAGCAGAAACCGCAGCUGAUCCUGAUUCGACCUUGGUUGUUUAUAUGGGCUUGUCAACCCUACCUUCACUGGCCAAGAAGUUAAUGGAUCAUGGUCUAUCCCCUCAGACCCCAGCUGCAGCCAUUGAGCGAGGGACCACACCCCAACAACGCACAGUUUUUUCAGAACUGAAGGACCUUGCUGAGAAAAUUUCAUCUGCUCAACUGGUGUCGCCAACACUUAUCAUAAUUGGAAAAGUAGUGGCACUAUCACCAUUUUGGUCAAUUUCUUCAAAAGAAGAAUCAUGCUUGCUUGAGGCAUGAUGGGCAUUAUUGAUGCAGUCUGAGAAGGCGACGACUUCUAACUGUGAAGCGUGAUGGGCAUUAUUAAUGUAAUCUGAGCAACUUGUGAGAAGGCGACUCCUCAAUUUGAAGAUGUUGAUAUAAUUAUGGGAAGUGGAAAACCAGGCAGGCAAAAACUUCCGGGGGUAUUGGUGUCCUUGCUGCUUCCUAUUUAAGCAGAAGUGGGUCUUAACAGCAAAAUCUGGUACUACAAGUUGGAGCUUGGAAUGGAUAUUUGCCACCUCAAAAUCUCAAGCACUGAGGAGAAAAUUUUUGUCUCAUUUCUCAUUCAUGACAAAUUACAAUAGAAGAAUCAAACAGGUUCUGCGGUCACUAAAUUAUGUCAUUAGCCUCAUUGUUUUGUGACUGUGAUUUGAUUUAUUCAACUUUUCUUUGCUGCUAUGCUGAAUCUUAUGGUCUAUAACCAUGCCCAUGUUCAUUAAACAUUUUGGGGCUAGUUGUAUUUAUUUCACAAAUACAUUAUCACAUCAAAAUGCCAAAAUCAAGCUAUUAGACAAGUUGGAACGGUCCCCCCCCCCCCC